AUGGCUUCAGCCGACAUUGUCAACAAUAGUCAAACCCACUCGACGGUCGCAACUGAUCAUCCAAGUGCAGCGACAACUUCUGCAUCUCAUCAUGAACAUUCUCAUUCCUGCUGUGAUCACUCACAUCAUCAUGAUCAUGAUAUGCCAUCAUUUUUCGAUGAAAACGAUCUUUUCUCAUCGUUAGCUGGUGCUAAGAAGGACAUGGCUGCUAAACGAAAACCGAAGAAGAAUCAACUACAAGGUGCAGUUCGCGCCGAAACAAUUCCAGGUCAUCGCGGAGAUCAAAAUAUUGAUGAUUUGCUCAAUUUUAUCAACAGUCCGACGCCAGCGAGUGGUAAAAAACAAAAGAAAAAAACAGCAAAUUAG